AUGGCCGCGGACGAGCCAGCGGAGCCAGUGGAGGUCGAACGGCUCAUGGGAGUUCAUAUCACGGGAGCACCAAAGCUCCCAUAUCACCUGAUACUCUCUAUUUGCCAAGAGGACGGCAAGAGGUGGGGACAAAUGGACGGAGGCCAGUCGCCGCGGCCUCAGCAGCACCACCGCAUGCCGGAGCGGGAGGGGAACAACAACUACGACGUUGAGGGCAUGGACGGUGCAGCAGAAGGGGAUUGGUGGCAGAACAGUUCUUCUAACGCGCUGCUUCGGUACGACGACCGCGGGAGUGCAUGCGAGCCGCUCAUGCGGAAGCGCACCAUCAACACCACCUCCCAGAUCGCCAUUGUUGGUGCCAACAUUUGCCCCAUCGAGAGCCUCGACUAUGAAGUUGUGGAGAACAACCUUUUCAAGCAAGAUUGGCGGUCAAGAAAGAAGAAGCAGAUAUUUCAGUACAUUGUUAUAAAGUGGACUUUGGUGCUCCUAAUCGGCCUGUUGACUGGACUUGUUGGCUUCUUCAAUAACCUUGCAGUCGAAAACAUUGCUGGAUUAAAAUUGCUAAUCACAAGUGAUCUUAUGCUCAACCAAAGGUAUUUCACUGCAUUUUUGGUGUAUGGAGAUUCCAAUCUAGUCUUGGCAGCAGCUGAUGCAGCAAUAUGUGCUUACAUUGCACCUGCAACUGCUGGAUCUGGUAUUCCUGAAGUUAAAGCAUAUCUUAAUGGAGUUGAUGCUUAUUCUAUACUGGCUCCUAGUACACUCUUUGUGAAGAUAUUUGGUUCAAUACUUGGAGUUUCAGCUGGGUUUGUACUUGGAAAGGAAGGUCCAAUGGUACAUACGGGGGCGUGCAUUGCAAACUUACUUGGUCAGGGAGGGUCAUGCAAGUACCAUCUUACGUGCAAUUGGCUGAGAUAUUUCAAGAACGACAGGGAUAGGCGGGAUUUGAUUACGUGUGGGUGCGCAGCUGGAGUGGCCGCUGCCUUCCGCGCACCUGUUGGUGGCGUCCUGUUUGCUCUUGAAGAAGCUGCAUCAUGGUGGCGAAGUGCUCUUUUAUGGAGAGCAUUCUUUACAACUGCUGUUGUUGCUGUCGUGUUGAGGACUCUGAUUGAGUUCUGUCGCAGUGGAAAGUGUGGUCUCUUUGGGCAAGGUGGAUUAAUUAUGUUUGAUCUAAGUUCAACUGUUGCAAUCUAUAGUAGUCCGGAUCUACUUGCAAUAAUUCUCCUUGGAAUAAUUGGUGGUAUAUUCGGAGGCCUCUUCAACUUUCUCUUGGAUAAAAUUCUUCGUAUUUAUAGUAUUAUCAAUGAGAGAGGUGCUCCAUCCAAGAUCCUCCUCGCUAUAAUAGUAUCAGUUGUCACAUCAAUGUGCUCCUAUGGCCUCCCUUGGCUUGCUUCGUGCACUCAAUGCCCUAAAGAUGCCGUGGAGCAAUGUCCUACCGUUGGCCGCUCUGGCAAUUAUAAGAACUUCCAGUGCCCACCAGGGUAUUACAAUGGUAUGGCAUCACUUUUCUUCAAUACAAACGAUGAUGCCACCAGGAAUGGAUGCAAGUUUUGGUAUUGGGAAGAGUACAUCGAUAUAUUGAUAGAGCGAAAUUUAGUACAUGUUCGUGCACUUUUAGCUAGCAUAGAGGCUGUAGAUGAGACAAGUGCACUUGUUGCUAAGGCUAGACACGAGACUAGGUAUGAGGAAGCAACAUCGACUUCUGGGUUAAAGAAGAAAGGAGGGUGCAACAUCGAGCCUCCUCCACAGAUCAACAAUGAGUGCAUCGAGAAGGCCCUAACCCAACUCAAGGGAGCAAUUAUGGAAGUUGGGUAUCUUCUAAAAUGUAUUCUUGUGGUUGUUAUUUUCUUUGGCCUUGCUUUACUAGUCAAAAUGUGA